UUCAACUCAUAAUAUCAGUAAUAUAUAUUAUUUCACUUAAUAUUCAUUAAAAAUUAGAAAUGAGCAAAGCUUUACAAAGCCUAACUGCACAGUACACAGAUUCUGAAAAUGAGGGCGAAGUGGAGGAAGAAAGCCCAGAUUCAACAAAUUCGCAAGCAUCUCAGGUUAUUAUUCCAAAACAACCGAGUCCAAAGGAAGAAAAAAUAAUAAUAGAAAAGUCGCCUAAACAAAAAGAAAAUAAACGCAGAAAACGUAAGAAGUCAGUGCGCCGAUUAGUUAGUUAUCAGGAUGACACAGUAAUAUCGGAUGAUGAUGAAGAGGAAAGUACAUCAUCAGAAUCAAGUAAUCCCUCAGAAGAAGAAGGUGAAAACGAUGAAACUAGCUCUCAUAGUAAUGCACAAACAUCAAGAGAUACCACAAACAGUGUGCAAAUGGAAGUUGACGAAAAUAAUGAUUUGGCCAAUGACACAAAAUCACCAAAAAAAGUUGACAAACUGAGUAAAUAUGCCCACUAUGGAUUUUCGUUACCUCCAGAGCCCAAAGGAAAGCCUUCAGUUGAAUUAGUUGAUAAAAUAAAACAUUUAUAUGACAAGAUGGAAACAACCAAUAUGGACAUGAAUCGUGUUAUACAGGGACGCAAGGAAUUUCGUAAUCCGAGUAUAUAUGAAAAACUGAUACAAUAUUGCGACAUAAAUGAGUUUGGCACCAAUUAUCCACCUGAAAUUUAUGAUCCAUUACAAUGGGGUCCAGAAAGUUACUAUGAGGAAUUGGCCCGUAUUCAAAAAAAUGGAAUGCUCAAACGACAAAAGGAACGCAAGGACACAGAUAAAAUAGAACAAGCGACGGCGUUAGCUCGAAAAGUCGAAGAAGAAGCUAAGAGACGAAAAUCAAAGUGGGAUCAACCAGCAGCAUCCGUUAAACCUAUUCCGCCAACACUAACCACCACAGUUACCGGAACCAAAGGUACUGUAAUAUCGGCUUUUGGUUCCCUACCGAAGAAACCCGCAGUUUAAAAUGAAAUAAUAAAAAUAAAUAUUCAGUAAUUAAAACUUUAUAAA